UUUAAGAACUAAAACAUAAACAAAUAAAUUUUUAAAUAUAUUUUUGAAUAAAAAAAAUUAAAACAAAUGCGUGAUAUAAAUGCAAUUUUGAAAUUAUUUGCUAAAGAAUACAUCAUGGAUUAUUGUGAGGAUUUCGAUGUUAUUAAAGGUAUCCUCGAAUAUUGUGACCAGCAUGUUAAAAAAUUCGAAAAGGUGCAAUUUCGGGGAGGUAAUGAAAAGAUUAUCGACGAAAUAGUCACACGUGUUCAACGACAUUUUGCCGAAAAGUCUUACACUGACGUUCAUCAUUUGCCGAAAGCCGAAAGUGACUUAAUCCUUCGUAAAAUUUGCUUCUUCCUUAUUUUAAAUACCGAUUCAAAUUUCAAAUACAGUUUAAAAGAUGAUAUAAACUUGGCACAUUUAUUAGAAGUAACACCGCAAUUAUCAAAAUGUCUAUUAUCGAAUGUUGUAUGGGGCUUAAAAUUAGACAAAUAUUUCUGUGAAAUUAUACAAUACUCGCCUUCUUGGUUUGCUCUGCAAUUUUUAGAGCAUUCUAUUCAUUCUUUAAAGUAUAUAAAUGAACCCUACGAAGUGCUCGUAAAAGUUGAGAAUCUCGUUAAAGCUAUAUAUGGUAAUAUAUGUCGAUCUGAUUAUCGUCAAAUUGAUUCUGUAGAAAAAAAAAUAAUUUUUAAUAAAUUCUAUGAUUUUACAAUGGAUUUAUUGAGACAAUUUUAUACCCCUGAUGCUGAAAAAUUUACUCAUUUUACAAAAAAACAAUUUUUCAAAUAUUCGGGUUUCGCAUUAAGGCAUUUGCUAGAUAUUAUAAUUUUUGCAUUUGAUGGAUUCGAAAUCAAAUUCGAAAAAUCUGAAGAUAUAUAUGAAAUUUUUGAUAUAUGCAAGGAGUCUUGUCCAAUAAUUGAAAAUAAAUGUGUAAGCUAUUCAAAACCAGUUGCUGAAAUACAAUCACAAAUUAUUACCUCCCUUUUGAGUACUUUACAAUACAAUGUUAUGUUAGUAACAAUAGAUGUUUUUAUGUAUUGGGUUGAAAUUGAUUUGACGGAGAGCAUAACUUUGCAAUCUGUAAUAGGAGAAAAAGCUUAUUGUGUUUUGGAACGAAUGCAAAGUAAUAAAAGUUUUGGUCAUGAUGUACAAGAACAGUUGCAGUUCAUCGCAAUAAGACCAAAAACUCUCAACGAAAUUAUAAAGGAGUCUACAAUUGGAGAAAUAUUAUGUAAACUCGAUGAACUUCUUGAAUACAAUGAAAAAAAGGCUUGGUUUGAUGAGCUUCUUUCACGUUCGAUAUCGUUUGGAAACGACGAAUGUCUAGAAACUAUUCGUGCCAAUUCAAAACUUAUAAACGUAGAGAACAUAAUUCAAAUGAUUGAUUUUUUACAUUUGGAAAUGCAAACAAAAUUGUCUCCCGAAAAUGAAAUUGAAACUUGCGAAAAUAAUGUUAACCAAGACUUACUAAAAAUUCUUGUUAAAUCUUUGGAUAACUUUAAUGCAGAACAAUUACUGCAAAUAUGUUCCUACGCAAAAGAGAAAUUCGGUUCUGAUCAUAGUUUUUUUGAGCAGGAAAACUUAGAUGAAAGAUGUACAGAAUUUUUUAAUAAGUAUAAUGAGAGUUUCGACACACAAUUAUUCUUACAAUUUUGUUUUGAAAAUCCAAGGUAUGUUUGGAGGAAAUUUUUUGAGGUAGCAUGCAAUUCUGAUAAACAAGUAGGAAACUUUUGCUUAACAGUUAAAAGAACUUUGAAAUACUCAAAAACUUAUUUUGAAAGCUUAUUCAAGUCUUCGUUCAAUUCUAAUAAGUCUGAUGAAAAAUUUUAUCCAAAUUUAGUAGCAGAAGCUUACUUCCAAAUAUACUUCGAAAGAAAAUGGGAAUUCUUUAAAGAAUUUAUAAAUAAGAACUGCACAGAUAUUUUAAGCUCAGAAAAUUUUAUAGAUUUAAUACCAAUUUUAAAAGCUUUGAAUAUUAUAGCUAGCAAAAAUGUUAAAGAAUUAGGUCAGAAUACUUUAAUAUUUGGAGAAGUAACUGCACCAGUUCUUAUUAUGGCUGCUCAAAUAAUGGAAAAAUGCCGUUGGGAUUUGAUAAGUUAUUCCGAUAUUAAAGAAGAAAUUGUUAGAACAUGUAUAGAAUUCAUUACAAUUGUUUCUAAAAAGUUUUUACCAGUCGCAACCGACAAAGAUAAACAAUGGAUCAAUAAAACUAUUCGUAAAUCAUACAGACCUUUAACACAAUAUUAUUUUCAAAAAUUUACUUUAAAUGCCGGUGAAAAUCCCAAGUAUUUUGAUAGAUUUUUGCAUCCUGAAAAAUUUGAAACCAGUACAGAAAUUGAAAAAUUUUUAAUAAGUACAUAUGUAAGAUGUACAACAAAAGAAACUGAAUGGUUAGCAAAAAAUGAACGACUUCUCAACCAUAUAUCAGAUGUUAUUUUAUUAUUAAAUGGUAUUGUUACAGAAAUGGGAGAAGAUGGUGUAUUUGCACAUUAUCGUUUUUGCAUUUUAAAUUAUAUUAAUAUUGUUAAAAAAUUUUUAUUACCAAAAUUAACAAAUGACUCGCAUAUUCAAGUAAGAGAUUUAGGUUUCAAAAUAUUAAAUAUUAUUGAUUCAUCACCAGCUGCCAUAUAUGGAGAAAUUUUUAUGAAUUUUUAUUCAAUUCUGUUAGACGUAUUUCAAAAAGUUGAACCGAUUGAAGAUGAACUAGUAAAAGACGUUAAAAAAUAUGUUACAUCAAUGACAAAUACAAAAGCUAAAGAGAUUUUUUAUGAAAAAUUUCAAUUAAUGGCAGCUAUCUUUAAUGAUAUAUCAGAGUUAAAUGAAAAUUAUUCAAUCAUUGUCAAUUGGUCGAUUAAUACACAAGAAACGGUUAAAGAAAAUACAAUUGUAAGUAUACAAAGUACAUUUAUAAAUGAAACACAUGCAAUACCAAAAUUUCCAAUUUAUUUUACAAAUCCAACAACUGGUAUUGUUUAUGCUAUCAAUGAAGUUGUACCAAUUUAUAUACCAAAAGAACAAUAUGAUAAUGAUAUUAAAAAAUUAAAAUUAAAAUUAAAAAAUCAAUGUAAACGUUUAAUAACAGCUGUACCACCGCCUCAAAAACUUUCCACAGAUACAAAUAAUAAAACAAAAACAAAAAUAUCAAAUGCUUUAACACUUGAAGAAUUUAAUAAAAUUCAUCAAGGAACUCAUCAGGAUGUAAUACCAACACAAUUUACAAUACCAACAUUUCAAGUAUUAAAUAUAAGUAAUAUAAAACCACCAAUUGUUAAUACAUUACCAGAAAGUUCUGAAGAAGAAGAUGAUGAUGAUGAUGAAGAUGGUUCAUCAUUACCAAAUCCAGCCGAAACUAUAGGUAAUAUUAUUACUGAUGUUUAUAAUACUGUCGGUAAUAACGAAGAAUCAUCGAGUGAGGAGUCUGAUGAAACAAUAUUUAAUCCAAAUAAUAUUGAUUUAAUUAAGGAUAAGAUUAUUACGAAUACCAGUUUGAAUGCCAUUAAAAAUAUUAACACUACAACUAAUAUCAAUAGUCAAAUAUUUUUUGAAGAACCCGAAAUACUAGAAUAUUCAGCUUCAUUAUAUGAUGACAAUUAUUUAAAUAAAGCCGGAAUUUUAGUACUAAAACGCAAUGAUUCAUCAUUAUUAUCAAAUUAUCAACGUCCAUUCGAUGCGCCAUCUACUUUAUCAACACUACAAUUAAAUGAAGUAAAAAAUAAUGAAAGAACUCCUAGCGACAUUUUUAUUGGACUAUCUAAUGAAAUGCAUGUCAAUUCAAAUAUUCAUGAUAGAAGGAGGAAACUGAAUUUUAAAAAAACUAAUUUAUCGGACACCACAAUAUAUAACAGAACUUCAUCAACACAAAGCAAUUCAAUCAAACAAUCAGAAAAGACUCUAACAAAUCCUCAAAAAAUAAGAUCCACUUCAAAUUUAAAAGUUUUAUCAUCUCAUCUCUCAUCAACUCAAAAUAAACCAUGUGCAGAUUCUAACAAGAUCAUUGACAAUAAAGAAAAUAAUGAUGAUGACAAUGAUGAUGAAGAUUAUUAUGAUUUCGAUAGUUUACUCGGUCUUGAGGAGGAUGAUAACGAUGAAGAGGAUGAAGAAUAUAAUAACAGUAAUGAGAAAGGAAAUGACAGUGAUUAUUCUUAUAUAGAUCAAAAUGAAAAUAUCUCCAAUCAAAUGAACAGUGAUGAAGAUAAUACGGAAGAACCUAAAACGGACUUGGACGAUCCAGAUGAUGAUAAUGAGAAUCGAGAGGAAUUGGAUGAUGGAAUCGGGAUGGUUGAAUUAAUUGAUGCUUUCACAUAUCCAUUUCAAAAAAAUGUUAAUUAUGACAGUGAAACAUUAAAUGAUAACAGGAAACCGAAACAUCCACCAUAUACGUUUUAUAAUAGUUAUAAUAAAAAUGAUGAUGAUGGCUCAGGUACAAGUUGGUUCAGUUCAUGGUUCAAUUACUGGAAUAAUGAUAAAGUUCUUGUUUCAAAUGAUGAAUCGAAUACUGGAUCUGGCAGUUGGCUUGAUUAUUUAUUUGGUGAUUACGAUGAAAUAAGAGCAACACAAUCAACUAAUAUUGAUGCAGAUGAUUAUGAAUAUAGUAAUUGGUUUACAAAUUGGUUUGAUAGUUCACCUAAUGAAAAAGUACAAAGCUUACCUAUAACUACUACAACAUCAACAUCAGUACCAAUUCUGACAAUAGAAAAUCCAAUGAAAAAUCCUCAAAAAUGGAUUGGUAUUUUAGCACAACAUAUUGUUGAUUCAACUAGUUCAACAUCAGCUGUACCUGUAGUUAAUGAUGAAGAAGAAUUAAAAGAACGACAUUAUGAUAAAUAUCAAAUAUGGCGUUUAAAACCAAAUCAAGAAUCUCAAUUAAAAGCUCUUGAACGUUUUAAAAAAUCAAAUGAUGGUAUUGAAAUGCAAUGGUUACAAGGUCCUACUCUAAGAGGUUUAACCGAUGUACUAAUACCACAUCAUUUACUUACAAAUUUCCAAGGGACUUUAAAUUAUGAACAAAUCUCUCAUGAAGUUUUAAUUUAUGAUCUUGGGAAAGCUAUUGCUUAUGAAAAAGAAAAACAAAAUUUAACUAGUACCAGUAACUCAAAAAAAAAAUUACAUGCAUUUUCUAAUCGUUUCUCUUGGACAAAAUAUCAUAAUUAUGAUGAAAUUGUUAGAUUUAUCGAAAAUCUACAGGUACAAAAUAACGAAAUUGUUGAACUAUUUCAUAUUGGACGAUCAUACGAGGGACGACCGUUAAUUAUUGUUAAAAUUUCUUUGAAAGAAAACCAAUUAAAGAAGAAAAUGAAAUUAAAAGAGAAGAAAAAGAAUCGAAAUUCUGCUAUUUUUAUAGAAUCAGGAAUAUAUGGAAGAGAAUGGAUUACACCAGCAACUGCAACAUGGAUUAUUAAUGAAUUAGUAAAAAUUAUGAAAAAUAAUGAAACUGAAAAACAAAAUGAAAUUAUUAAAAAAAUGACUUGGUAUAUUGCACCAGUAAUAAAUCCCGAUGGUUAUGACUACAGUCAUAAAUAUGAUAGAAUGUGGCGUAAAUCUAGAUCGAAACAAAUUGUAAAACCUAAUGGUAUUAUAAGUACAGCGAUGGAAUGGUUUCGCGAUACAAAAUCAAAUAAAAUUUGUUAUGGAGUUGAUUUAGAUCAAAAUUGGGAUUAUGAUUGGGGUCAAAAUGAAGCGUCGAACUCACCUUGUAAUGAAUUUUACAAUGGACCUAUUGCAUUUUCGGAACCAGAAACGAGAGCACUAUCAAAAUUUAUUAUGGAUCAUAGAAAACAAAUCAAACUUUUCAUUUCGUUUAAAGCUUAUGGACAAAUAAUUUCAUACCCAAAUAAAUUUAAUACAGCUUUAAAAUCUCAAAAACUUGAUGAACUUUUAGACGUGGCUAUGGUAGGUAAUGAUGGAUUAAGAAAAUCUGGAAGUGAAAACCGUUAUAAAGUAGAUUCCAGUAAUGAUUUAUUGAGCUCAAUUUCAGGGUCCUCUAACAGUUUUGCUAUGCAUGAAGCUUCAAUACCAUUCAGUUAUACAAUUCAUUUAAGUGAUAAUGGAGUUCAUGGAUAUUUAUUACCCGGAUCAAAUAUUGAAUCAACUUCAAAAGACGCUUUUCUAAUUAUAAAAUCAAUUUUAGAUUAUAUUUAA